AUGGACACCUCACAAAAGCGGCGCCACAUGAAGGGGAAAGAGCGAGCAGCAAAGGACAAUGGCUCACAGAGGCACACCCCCUCGACACUCUCCUCUUACAACUUCACAUCCACAGCACCACCACCACCACCACAUCACUCGCAGAGAGCAUCGACUAUCCAUUCGAACCGUCCUCCCGAGUCAGCACCGCCAUACGGACGCGUUCGCACCUUAGAAGCCUUCCUCCCCCUCACCUGCUUCGCGAGAGGCUCGACAGUCUUGGUCCCGUCUUCGCCUUCACUGGUCUUUGAAGAGCCUUCAAUCGACACCGAGAGACCGUCCGAGAGGUCAUUCGAGCGUUCAGUAUUGUAUCUGCAUACAUAA